CUUAUUCAUCUUCUCCGUCACACUAAUAUUGUAGAAAAGUCAUUUAUAUAAGACCAGAAGAGAGGGGAUAUUUCCAAAAUGCCUGAUAUAGAAGCCAAACGUCGAAAACUUUUGUCAGUCGAUGCUCGUCAUCCAUCGGACAUGCAUCAAGUGGAGUCUCAACAAAGAUAAUUUUGUUAAUAUCAACUGCACAUAUAAUAUAAGACAUAUAUUUAUAUAUUAUAUAUAUAUAUCAUCAUCAGAAAAAUUAGAACGUUCUGUGUAACGUUGGAUGUGAGAAGAAGUUUACGAUUUUUACGAAGUAAAAUAAGUGUUGGUUACCUGCUGUUACGGAUUCGUCAUAACUAGCUGAUUGUAACAACUGUCAAGACAACAAGAUGUACGCUGAAGAUCAAAAUAAUUUUAUAUUAAACAAUAACGUAAAUAAUGGUUGGAUUGAUUGUACAUCAAACUCUACUUCGUCAUUCGGACAUGGAUCAAUGAUAACUCAGCAACUAGUGUCACAAGAUGCGCAGCAUAUGCAAGCAGUGCUUGGACAACCAUCCACAUCUACCCCGGAAACGACUAUUUUGAAUCAAGCAAACGAGAAAAAACCAACCAAGGUGAAACGUACCAGAACGGCUUAUACCAGCACCCAAUUAUUGCAUUUGGAAAGAGAAUUCCAAAAUGGACGGUAUCUUUGCAGGGCGCGACGCAUUCAAAUAUCGGCGUCACUCAAUCUGACAGAAAAACAAAUUAAAGUGUGGUUUCAAAAUCGGCGGAUGAAACACAAAAAAGACAACAAAUGCGACGUCAUAUCGUUUAUGCCCAGUGACCAAACUGAGCUCACAGGCUGUUCAAGUAGUACAUCUGUCUGCAAUGAUACUUUCAAUAUAAUUACAAAUAGCCCGAAAUCAUCGUUGAUUUUGAAUAAUUUCAACGUGCAAGCCAAUCCGUCCUGUGCAUAUCCUAGCAACAUAUCGCAGGAUAUAUUGCAGUACAGUUAUCAGCACAAUUUAUCUGCAACACCAAGCCAUGGAAUCAGCAACAAUCAGCAACAAUCAGCAACAAUCAGCAACAAUCAGCAGCAAUCAGCAGCAAUCAGCAGCAAUCGGCAACCAUCAGCAACAAUCAGCAACGAUCAGCAACAAUCCAAGCAACAAAAUUAUUCUAGUGCAACCGCAACACAACCGCAAAACUUAUACCUCUUAUCAAGUGCAUCCUAUAAUUGUCAACAACAGCAAAGUUUUCAUUCAGAGCCAUUUUCACUUCUAACUGAUUACACCGUUAGUCCGCAAUUAGACACUAAUUAUGUUCAGCAAGAGUCGCAAUUAGACAAUCUGAAGCAAUACGAACACAUGCAGAGCAAUAGUAAUUCAGAUCCUGCACAAAUACAAAAUAAUUACGCUAAUGUUAUGUCUAACGACCCAAAUGAUAUUAAUGUUGUCAUGUCAAACAAUAUCACUUUCAUGCCAGAAAGUGAAGAAAAUUGUCAUAAUGACGCACCUUUACCCCCUUUUUCAUCUUAUUUUAUUUAGAAAUUUUAUUUAAAUCAAAUGACAAAAAUAUUACUCAGUUAAUUCUACAUCAAUUCUGCAG